AUCGUCACUUCCGGUAUAUGUAACAACAUCGGGCAAGAGCUGUAACUGGAAGCUAACGCUAAAGCCGUUAUAACACACGGAGGCUAAAUAUGUCAGACACGGAGUCAAAACCAUCCAGCCAGGACGGUGGAGAGAAGAAGGACGGAGAGUACAUCAAAUUAAAAGUGAUCGGCCAGGACAGCAGUGAAAUCCACUUUAAGGUGAAAAUGACGACACAUCUAAAAAAGCUGAAGGAGUCUUACAGCCAGAGACAGGGAGUCCCAGCAAGCACGCUAAGGUUUCUGUUUGAAGGACAGAGAAUUGCAGAUAACCAAACUCCAAAAGAGCUGGGGAUGGAAGAUGAGGAUGUCAUUGAAGUUUAUCAAGAACAGACCGGCGGACUUUGGAACGAUUAAACCUCCUGCAUUUCUAAAUCCUUUUUUUUUUUUCUUUUCUUUCUUAUUUUGUAUUUUAUUUUGUAUGUAUGUCCGUAUUUUUGUUCAGUUUCAAACCAUCUGGAUCAAAGUUGACUCUAUCAGGGCUUCCACGUGGGAGGAGGAAAAGGUCAAAGGACUAGGAAAAGAACUGCAGCUCUUACUCUGAAGUUCAGGGAUGCUCGUAUUAUUGACUCGAGCAACAGCAGCCAGUAGCAUUUUUGGGUUUUUUUUUUGUUGUGUUUUUUUUUUUGGCUUUUUUCAUCCUGUCUUUUUGGGGUGUCAACAAAAGCAAAUAAUGCUACACAGGAACAGGCUGCAUUAAAGGAGUUGUUGAAGCACUGAGGGUCCAAAAAAGUAAAAAAAAGAAAAUCAGCUUAAUUUUGAGAACUUGUUGGAGAAAACAGGAUUGAAAGACUGACGAAACCUAGAAUGUUUUAGCUUUAAAACAAAGUACCAUUGAUUUAGUGGCAGGAAAUCGAGAUUAAGGACAAAUAAAUAAAGCUGUGUCAGCUGAGCAAACAAUGUCGUAAAAUCAACGUUGGAUGACCUAUUCCUUUACCUCAGUAAGCAGAGAUUCAAAACUGGGAUGACUUGGGCAAAACAAAAGACUAUUUGUACUCUUGCUGUUUUCCUAAGGAAAUAUAAGAGAGGAGUUGACACACCCAGGUAGACGUUGAACAUCGCGUCAUUAGGCGUUUGAUUCCACAUAUCGUCUUUAUUUACAUUCAGGGCAUUUAGCAGAAAAAGGCGAGUUCACUCAAUGAUCAAAUGAUGUGCUGAUGUCGUCUAUAUCUCAUCCUCAGCGCCUCACGGCUGGUGAACACUUGAGUGUGUGUGUGUGUGUGUGUGUGUACCUCAUUCACAGUCUCGUUGCCAUGUUUGAAGAACUACCCCGUGGUGAAAUUUAAAAAAAAAAAAAGAAAGAAGUUCUGACAAUAAUUGAGCCGACAUGACAACGGUAUUUGAGAUUUGAAACAUUUUUUUAAAAAAAACGAUAACUGUGCUUUACUUGUAUAUGUUGUAUUCAGUAUUAGUGUGUUUGAAUGAUAUGCCACGUGUAUCUCCAGUGUCGUCCUUUAUUUAUAUCGGAGGGUUUCGUUGAGUGGUGAUGUUGAAAUGUACGCCCGUUCUGGAAAGAUUCUGCUCACUGACAGUCACAGUGUUUUUUAACUGGUGUGGUUUCUGUCAUCCGGGAGUUUGGACCUCGCAACUCCACAAACAGUGACAUGUUAAACGGCGGCUUUUAUAUUUUGUUUUUUCUUUCUUUGGUUGAAACUCUCAAUCUGUGUACUGUUUGAAGUUCCUCAAGAGAAGGUUAAGAUCCUUAACAGCCCCGUAAAGAAAUCAGAAAUAAGUGAGAUGAACGAGAAACAAAGAUAGAUGCAAGGUGGAGACGCUGAGCUCCAGAAUCAUGAAUGAAUCCAUGAAAAACUUGUAAUGUCAAGGUUAAAGCUGCUCGGUAAAGGAAUCCAGAAUGGUGAUGUACAGUCCACUGCCACAGUAAAACAAGACAACUAGGACAAUAUUAUCCUUUCUCUAAAGGAAGUGAUGCAUCAGUGAACAGCUCAGGUGAUUGAGAUCCCACCACCACCGCUACCUGAAAGGUCGGGGCUGUAAUUUGAGCCAUAACACCGAUGUCAGUGAGGUAAAGGGACUUAAAGGAACACUGAUACAGAUGGUUUGAAAUUCUGGAGAUGAGCUUUUUGCUUUUUUUUGAAUAAAAUAUUUAAGAAAAAAACAA